AUGCAACUUCUUUCUACUCAGAUUCUUCUAGCCCAGACCAGCUUGCCACCUCCUGUAAACAUAAUGGAGCAAAGGAGCACUAGUGGAGAUUUGCUAAGCAAGAAUUCUAACACCUCAACCUGGGAGACUACCAUUAUAGCACCAAAUGGAAGCAUCUACACUAAUUCUUCAUAUUGUAACAUCAUGUUCCAAGCCACGAUUUAUCUUUCCCUCAUCUUUUCCCUGGUUGGAAUGGCAGGGAAUGCCAUAGUGUUGUGGUUUCUGGGCUUCCACAUGCGCAGGAAUGCCUUCUCUGUCUACAUCCUCAACCUGGCUGUGGCUGACUUUCUUUUCCUGAGCUUUCAGUUUGUAAAUUUCCUUCAUCUUUUCCUUUACAGUUUCUACUCCAUUUUCAUCUAUAUCCCUAAUGUUUUUAAUGUUUUGCCAAGACUUGGUUAUCUCUCUGGUCUGAGCAUUCUCAGUGCCAUUAGUGUUGAGCGCUGCCUGUCUGUUUUGUGUCCCAUUUGGUAUCGCUGCCGACGCCCAAGGCACACAUCAGCUGUCACAUGUGCCUUGCUUUGGGCUAUGUCCCUGCUCUUGACUCUCCUGCACUGGGAGGCGUGUGGCUUUCUGCUUGAUAGUUUUGACUCCUUUCAGUGUCAUACAUUAAAUUAUAUCACAGGUUCCUGGCCAAUUGUUUUAUUUGUGGUUCUCUGUGUGUCCAGCCUCACCCUGCUGGUAAGGAUCUUCUGUGACUCACAGCGGAUCCCUGUGACCAGACUGUGUGUGAUCAUUGUACUCACAGUGCUCUUCUUCCUGAUCUUUGGUCUCCCCUUGGGUUUCUUCUUUUUACUCUACAAAUUUUUUGGAUAUUUUGGGUUUGUUGAGAGUUGUGAUAUUCAUUUGAUAGUAUUCUUAUGCUGUAUUAACAGCUGUGCCAAUCCCUUCAUUUACUUCUUUGUUGGCUCAUUCAGGCACUACAGGCACCAACGGAAGACUCUGAAGCUGUUUCUGCAGAGAGCCCUGCAGGACACUCCUGAAGAGGAGAUUGGUGGAGAGAGGGGCUCUUCAGGAGAGCCUCGAGAGCUGGGAACACUCUAG